AUGAGCACCUGGAUGAACGACGCAGUCCCGAACCACAAUGGCAACGGCUUCCCGCACAUGAAUGACCCCAGCGCUGCCAGUGCCAUGAUGGACCCUUCUGCCUUCAUGGCCAACCCGGGCCAGUUCAAUCCGGCCGCCCAGUUUUCCAAUCAACAGCAGAUGGCCCUGCAGAACGGCCCGAUGCGCCACGCCUCGCCCGCCGGCUACCAGGCGAACCAGGUCUACCAGACCAAUUCUGUCAUUCCAUCAAAGCGGCCUCGGCCCCGUGAGGAUUCCAUCUCCGGCUCUCCCAGGCAGAAUCCGGGCAUGCUUCCGACGUCGCGCUCCGAAACGCCGCAGCAGCAAAGCUUCCCCGGCUUCCAGCCUGGCGCCUUGCCGCAGCAGAAUGCUGGCCAGUUCUCCCACCUCCAGACCAACGGCUCGGCCAACGCAAGCCCCUCGCCCAUCAUGGGCAACCAGAUGCGCCCAGGCAGUGUCCCCCAGAGGGUGGCGACGGCCUCGCCUCACCCGUUUUCCCCGGGCGCUCAGCAGUUUGCUUCUCAGACGUCGCCCAUCACCUCGGAACACGGGACGCCCCAGCCGAAUCCUUACAUGCAGAACAUGCCUCAAGGCUACAACCCGGCUUUCGCGCAGUCCCCAUCGAAUCCGCGCCCAUCACCAAAUCCAAAUGCGAUGGCGGGCAAUCCCAUGAUGGCCCAGCAAAUGGCUCAGAUGGGACAGCCCAUGGGCCAAAUGCCAGCUGGCAUGUAUGCUCAGUUGCAGCAACAACAACAGCAACAAAUUCAGCAGCAACAGCAGCAGCAGCAACAGCAUCAGCAACAGCAUCAGCAACAGCAACAGCCUCAACAACCCCAGCAGCAACAACAGCGACCCCAAAACCUGACUGAAGGGCAGAAAAUGGCCGCGUAUCAGAUGCGGCUCCAGCAGCAACUCCAAGGCAACAUGCAAAUGCAGGCUCAAAUGCAAGCCCAGGGUAUGGGCCGCGGAAUGAUGGCGAAGCAGCCGCAGAUGCCUGGUGUACCAAAUGGCCAGAUGCCCCAAGGACCGAUGCGACCUCAACACCGACCAACUGGUAGCAUCAACGGAGAGCAGUUCAUGAAGAAUUUAACAGGGCUCAUGAAUGCUAAGGGCCUCCCGUUUGAUCCAAAUCCCAUGAUUGGAGACCGGCUGGUCAACUUGAUGAUUCUGUUCCAAGCUGUACAACAAAAGGGCGGUUCGAAGUCGGUGACCGUUGCCAAUGGCUGGGGUCAUGUCGCUCAGGCCAUGGGACUUCCGGCGCAGCAGCCUAAUGUUCCCUUUGCGCUCAAACAGAUCUACGAGCGUAAUUUGUCAAAGUUCGAAGAAGUCUGGAUAGCUCAGCAGAAGCAGAGAAUGAUGCAGCAGCAACAGGCAAAUCUCGCGAACCAAGCCGCGCCGCAAAAGCAUGCCGCGCCGCCUCAACAGAUGAAUCAAGGCCAAAUGCAGCCGGUGCAACACCAGCAGCCACAGCCGCAGCAACAGCAACAUCAACAGCAACAUCAGCAGCAACAUCAGCAGCAACAUCAGCAGCAACAUCAACAGCAACAUCAACAGCAAGCGCCACCCCAACCUCAUGUACAGCAACAUACUCCUGUGAAAUCUGGUCAACACUCAGUCAACGGCUUCUCCACUCCGCAAACUCCACAGCAGCUUCAGCAACCAAACACCAUCCCUGGCCACAACAGAAACAGCUUAUCGCGCGGUAUUGACCCAACUGGACCAAAUGACUUUUCAAUACCAUCGCCAGCUCACUCGCGGGCGGGAAGUAUGCUUAUGGGGCCAGCCGACGGCAGAGCAGUUGGUGUCAUGAAUGCCGAGCAGCAAAUGCCACGGCCUCCCCAGAAGUCUGAUAGCUAUAACCCGUGCGCGCGAGAGCUUUCCACGUAUGGCGGUGUCGACCUCCAUGCAGCGAAUCUGUUAGGCGCAGAGCUGGAGCGGUGGAAGCCAACUGUUCCUCCAGUAAACGACCUUGGUAACAUUGAUAUAGCUGCACUGACGCGUAGCUUGCAAAGUGGGAUACACGGAGAAGUUCGUCUUGCUCUGGAUACGCUUGCGACAGUAUCCCAUUCGCCGAACCAGGCACAUUUCCUGCAGCUGCGAUACUGUGAUGACUUGGUGGAUGCGCUCAUCGACUGCGCAGAGGAGCAGCUCGAGCUAUUAACAGAGCACACGGCAGAAGUAUCCGAUGAUAUCCAGCUCACCCCAUACGAGGAAGUUGUCAGAGCAUGCCGCAUUGAGCGAUGGGCAAUUCGGGACGUUCCCGCCUUUGGCACUGACGAGUAUGAACUUGACCGAGCCGUCGAUCGAUUAGUUUGCAUCUCAACCAUUUUACGAAACGUGUCUUUCCCGGGCGAGCAGAACGACAACCAUAACAUACUCGCCGAUGAGUCCGUCAUCAAGUUCCUCUGCACUGCCAUCAGGUAUCUCGGCACCAGGACAAUGCUCCUCCGAACUCAUAAUAAUACUCUGGACUUUAUGAAGGAUGUCGUUACCCUCCUCUCUAACAUUGCCAGUUCAAUCGAAAUACCCGGCCGAGAACAGGCAUUGUGUCUGUUGCAGUUCUUGCUGUCAUUUGCUCCGGUUCCCAGUCCAGUUUUGACCAACGACACACUCUUCUUCACCAAUUACGACCCGAGCGUUCAUACCUACCUUCCCCAUGCUGUUGAUGCAUUGGCAAAGCUUCUCGCUCGCGACGAGCCCAAUAGAGGCCAUUACAAAAACCUCUUCGCUUACGAUGCUGCCAACGCCGUUCCGCACGAGCUUCUCACUCGGACAUUUGCACUGGCAAUUUCACCAAUUCCAGACAAAGUUCGGGAGCGCGAUCGACCAACAAAUUUCCCCUCGCUCGUUGAGGUACGGAAGCCGUAUUUGAUGCAAGGCCUGUUGUCGGCGGAGAUCCUUGCAUCUCUAGCUCCAGGGGCUGAGUCAAAUCUCGUCAGGAGCUGGUUGAAUGCGGGUAACGGCCUGGCGAACAAUCUGUUCCGUCUCGGCCAAGAGCUGAGUCGAACGUACGAACAGCCACAACAAGCCUUUGGUCGUGGAGCAGGACGAGCCCCACCGAGGAAAGACCCUGAGCUUGUCUACAUCUCUGUCCUUUCGAUUGCUUUGCUUCGGCGGUUGGUCGAAAAGUCGAGAGACCCGAAUAACCCGGCUUUUUCAGCCGCCGGAGCCUUCUUACCGACCGGGCAGGCGUUAUUGGAAGCCCUAAGUAUGCAUAGCCCUGAGUGGUCCAAGGAGGGCUUAUUACAGCAUUUGUCAACAAUCACAACUCUGGCAGGCUAA